AUGGCCGCUGUUACUUCCUGUAAAUCAGGCAACAUUGAUGAAAUCGGUCGCAAAACCCAGGAUCGCAUUGAACAUGAGCAUCGUCUAGACAAUUUAUAUAUGCUCACAUAUACAUGUCUUAUGGCUGCAACUGUUCUAACUAUAUGGCUUUUCAAACAUCGUCGUUUCCGUUAUAUUCAUGAAACCGGGCUUGCUGUUAUUUAUGGUUUGAUUGUUGGAGCCAUUUUUAAGUAUGGUGUAUCGGAACGUACUGUAUCGACUCAUGUCUGUAAUCUAACUCCUACUGUAACAAACGGUACGAAUUGUACAGUUUUGCUUCCUCCUGAACGUGCGAUUCUCAACCUUACUGUUCUUCAUCCGGAAGCAGCUUCACGUUUUUAUCAUUACUCUCUUGAAUUUGAAUCGGAAGGCACUAUUUCUUCUCAUUAUAGAAUGACAUUUAAUCCAGAGAUAUUUUUCAAUGUAUUGCUUCCGCCGAUUAUAUUUGCCGCGGGUUAUAGCAUGAAACGUAAACAUUUUUUCAGCAAUUUCGGGGCGAUUACUACGUUUGCUUUUGCGGGAACAUUUAUUGCAUCCAUUGCUACCGCAGCCAUUUGUUUUGGUUUAUCACGAUUUAUUCCCCAUCUUAAUGCGGGGUUGCGUUUCAGUGAUUGCUUGUUCUUCGGUGCAAUCAUUUCAGCUACUGAUCCGGUUACCGUUCUUGCCAUAUUUCACGACUUGAAUGUUGAUGUGGACAUGUACGCAUUGGUUUUUGGUGAAAGCGUUCUCAAUGAUGCUGUUGCUAUGUCGCUUUCUCAAGCUGUUGAUCGAUUUGAAUCGAAAGUUCAACAAGCCAUGACCAUUGCCUCUUUCCUAUCUGCUGUUUGGGGUUUUGUGGCUAAUUUUGCUAGUUCAUUCUUCUUCGGAUCAUUUAUUGGGUGCUUUACUGCUCUGUUGACCAAAUAUACUCAUAUAAGGGAUUAUCCCUUACUUGAAACGGUCUUAUUUGUGCUCCUCUCCUAUACCACUUUCUUCUUGUCUGAAGCUGUCGGUCUUACCGGAAUUGUGGCUCUCCUCUUUUGUGGAGUCACUCAAGCCCACUACACAUUCAAUAAUCUUUCUCGAGAAUCUCAGGUUUGGACAAAACAGUUUUUUGAGCUAUUGAGUUUCCUCGCUGAGAAUUUUGUCUUCGCCUACAUUGGCGUCUCUACAUUCAGUGCCCCCUCACACAACUGGGAUAUCUGGUUCAUCCUCAUCACAAUGUUUGCUUGUGUUGUCUCAAGAAUGUGUGCAAUUUACCCACUCUCCCGUCUAAUCAAUUGUGCUCGGUCACAACGAUGCACCGUACGGUGUCAAUGCUGCCAACGAAGGAGGACAGGCAGUUAUCCGGCUUCUGAGGUCGGUUCUGUUUUUGGCUGGCAGAGAUUCCACUCUCCCGGAUCGAUAUCUGUCAGUUCUGGGGAUAUCACGCCCCCAUCGUUCAAUGUUAGUGAAGAUGGUGCUGUUCCCGAACGGAAAGGUCUGAUUGGUUGGAAUAGGCAGCAUCUAUUAGUGUUCUGUGGUCUGAGAGGAGCUAUGGCUUUCUCUCUUUCGAUUAGGAAUACGAGUACGGGUGUGAGACAAAUGUUUUUCUCCACUACAAUCAGUAUUGUGAUUAUUACUGUGCUGCUGGGUGGAUGUUUUGUUAUUCCCGUACUCCAGUGCCUCAAAAUUCCAAUCCACAUCCAAAGUAAUGAUUCUGAUGCCUCAAAUAACGGAGACCCGCGCAAGAAGAAAAUCAAGACUUACUACAAUUCCUACUGGUUUAAGUUUGACUCUCGAAUCUUGAAGCCAAUUCUAACACACAGUGGCCCAUUGCUCUCCGAUACCCUACCCCGAUGUUGUCUGCCUCUCGCUGAUUGGCUAACCACCCUUGACCAACGGGAAGCCGCCAUGGCCCAAUACUAUAGCAAUAACGAUGACCAGCAAGGUGAUGUCCUUUAUGGCGCCGGUGGCAAUGCUUCAGACAGAGCCAUCCCAACUGAUAUGCUCACACCUGCGUCUUUGAAGAUUUUUGUUUACUGUCAAAUUCUGUUUGGUGAGCUGAAGUCCAAAUUGAAGGAAAUUCUCUAUCCAAUUGGUAAUAGUUACUUCAAUUUUUUGGAUGAGCACUUACUGACAGAUGGGAUAAAUCGCGUGAUUUUUGGUACAAAUUUUAUUCCUCAGUGUUUGUUUAAAAAGUUUUAUAUCAAAUGGCAGACGUUUUGA